AUGCCCGCCGCCUCUGUCGCCAUCCCCGCGACGGCGUGGGACCGCCUGCAGCUGAGCGCGUCGAGUGCGUGGAUCCCGCCACCGACUGCCGCACAACGCGCCGCCUUCAGCGCCCGCACGGGCAAGCUCCUCCCCGGCGAGCAGCACGCCGUCAAUCUCGUCGACCUCACCCGGUGGAGGAGCGCUCACCCCGACGAGCGGCUCCGGCCCCCAGUCGGCACCGACGGGGCCGCAGACAAGACGUGUGCUUCCAACUACCGCGCACCGCAACACCCUGCCUCGCACGUCCUCCACUCGAUCCCGCCUCGUGCCCCCUCGCGCUCGUCGCGCUCCAACAUCCUCUCGUACACGAUCCACCUCGCGACGUCGUCCCGCCUGUCUUCCUACUCGUCGGCAUCUGGGUCCCGCCAGCUCCUCCACCUCGCCGAGCUCGAGCGCGACACGCAGGACGGCAUAGACAUUGACGAGUCGUGGUUCGAGGCCGAGCAGAAGACGCAGGGCCUGUGGAAGCUCGGCGCCAACUUGCUCCAGUCCAGCCGGCGCGAGGGCGGCGUCCUCCCGCCAGCCGUCGAGCGCCGAGUACAUCUCGCCGGCCUCGCAGAAGACGUCCUCCUGUCGCCGGCGGCCGAGCGCGCCGUCACCAAGAUCGACGCCGACUCGGUCCAGCCGUCGGCCGAGGUUGACGAGCUCGUCGCGCUCAAGCCCCUCACGGCGCCCGACUCGAGCACGCACUACCACUCGUCGUCGGUCGCGGCCGCAGGCGACGACCCGUCGGGCCGGCCUCGGGUCAACUCGGUCGCCCAGUCGCUCAUCGACCUCAAGUUUGGCGUCAAGGCCGAGCCGUCGUUGUCCUCGUCCGCCACCGUCCUCCUCGACGACGACGACAAGCCCCUGUACGACGCACCCGAGUCGUUCGCGGGCGUCCCGUCGUCGUCGACCUCGGACUCGACUGCCGCCGCCGGGCCGUCGACGACGCCGCACAUGGACUACCGCAUCGUGCUGUCGCAGUCGAUGCGGUCCCGAGCGCGCUCCAUCUUUGCCCACUCGCCGCUCCCGUCGCUCCCGGCGUCCUACUGCCGGCGGCACCGCGUCCGCUCGUGCGCCGUGUGCGCCGCCCUCGUCGCCGCCGCCUCGGAGCGCGAGAGCAACCACGGCGCCAUGCGCCGCCUCAACGUGCCCGGCGCAGGCCUGCGCGGCAGGGGCGCCGACGGCGAGGCCAAGAAGCCGCUCGUCGGGCUCGUGCCGGCGUUCCUCAAGUUGAGCGCGGCCCUCCUCGAGGACGUCAGGGAGCGCGGCGGCCGGUCCGCCUCGACCGACGCCGACGCGCUCUUUGCCGCGGCGGCGGUCGAUGCGGGUGCGGCGGGCAAGGGCAAGGGGCGAGCGGGUGCCGGAGACGAGGACGAGGACGAGCAGCGCCGGCACGACUUGCACGUCACGGCCGAGUGGUUCGACCUGUUGACGGCGCUGCUCGUCCAGGCGUGCCUCGAGGGGUACCUCGUCGACGGCUGGACCGGCACCGAGGGCGUCGAGACGCUCUUUGGCGUCGGCUGCGGCGUGUGGGAGGGCCGAGGGUGGAGCGCGCCGACGCCCGCCGCCGCCGUCGCCGCGCCGGCCGCCGCCUCUUCUUCUGCGGCGACUUCGCGCCGUGCGUCGGUGCAGCACCAUGUCGAGGACGACGGCGACUGGAGCGAGAGCGACGAGGACGACGACGAGGGCGAGACGGACGACGAGGCCGAGCGGCAGCGCGUGCGCGAGGAGGAGACGCGCGCGCUCGUGUGCGCGGCAAAGGUCCUGUUCGGCUCGAGGGACGUCGCCCAGGCCGACUACGAGCGCGGCAUGCGCGACAGGACGCACGAGUUCCUCAACGUCUCGCAGAGCAAGGACCUGCACCAACACCUCGACGCGCUCAACACCAAGUACCCGCUGUCGCAGUUCGAGGACGCCCUCGUCGACUUUAUCGAGGCGGGCGUGCGGCUGCUCGGCAAGCCGGCUUUGGCAAAGCACGACCCUCGCUCGACGGCCUCGAGCAGCGACUCGGACCCGUACGCGCUCGUGCGCUACUUUGCGCCGACGGCGCGCACGACGGCGCCAACCCGGGCCGCUUCGCCCGCGCUCGACGACGCGGCAGAUCGAGCGGGCAAGCGCAGGAGGGUCGACUAGCCCGUCGAGUGCGUGCGCCUGAGCCUGCUCUCGAGCCUCUCGGUCGCUCAGACCCUCUCCUCCCCUAGCUCUCGUCUCUAUACACCUGCCUAGAUGCCCUCUCGCUCUCUCUCUGUCUCUGUCCCCCACACUAAGUACACAGUGCCUUGUAGCAAUCCGCCACGACGAACGAGUCUAUUCGCCCCUCC